UCCGGUGGCCCCGGGAGGCCCUGCCCCGGUGCAGCCCCGGGCCCAGACGGGUCUCUUCCUCCACAACCCUUGAGGACUGGUUGUGAGGUCAUCCUGUGGCCAGGGCCUGCACAGGACAGGAUGCUGCCACCAGAGCCAGCGCGGAGUGAGAAGCCCAGAUAGACGGCCUGCGCCCCGGGGCCCGGACCCCCGUGCCUGGCGCCUGGCCGGAGCCACCCGAUGCUGGCCGUGGGGCCGGCCAUGGACGGGGAGUACCCUCAGCAUGAGCCCCCACCUGCGGGCAGCAUCCUCUACAGCCCUCCACCCCUGCAGAGCCCUGCGCUGCACUACCCCUGGUGGAGCCCCUGCCCGCAGGCGCCGUUCCCAGCCUACACCAGCGAGAGCCACCAGUUCACAAGCACCGCCCCCUUCCUCGGCGGCCAGCCCUGCCCGGACACCAGCUAUGCCCCCGUGGCCUCCGCCUCCAGCCUCCUGCCAAAGAGCAGCGACUUUCCUCAGGACCCCUCGUACCUCGAGGACCUCUCCAAUGCCUCCAUCUUCUCCUCGUCCGUGGACUCCCUGUCAGACAUUGCAGACACCCCUGACUUCCUGUCGGUGGACAGCCUCACCCAGGUGCCCACCAUCUGGGACGUGAGCACCCCCUCUGCGCAGGACAAGCUGUUCCUGCCCGGCGUGGCCUUUCCCAGCCUGCAGGACCCCGCACCCUCGCUGCCCAGCACCUCACUUCUCAUCAGCUACCAGUCACAGACGCAGCCCGAGGAGGAGGAGGAGGAGGAGGCGGCCGAGGAGCUGGGCCAUGCGGAGACGUACGCGGACUACGUGCCCUCCAAGUCCAAGCUCGGGAGGCAGCACCCGGACCGCGUGGUGGAGACCAGCACGCUGUCGAGCGUGCCGCCCCCGGACGUCACCUACUCCCUGGCGCUGCCUGCCUCGGACAACGGCGCCCUGUCGGCGCUGCAGCUGGAGGCCAUCACCUAUGCCUGCCAGCAACACGAGGUCCUGUUGCCCAGCGGGCAGCGUGCCGGCUUCCUCAUCGGCGACGGCGCCGGCGUGGGCAAGGGCCGCACGGUGGCCGGCAUCAUCCUGGAGAACCACCUGCGGGGCAGGAAGAAGGCGCUGUGGUUCAGCGUCUCUAAUGACCUCAAGUACGACGCGGAGCGUGACCUGCGGGACAUCGAGGCACCGGGCAUCGCGGUGCACGCGCUGAGCAAGAUCAAGUACGGGGACAACACUACCUCAGAGGGCGUCCUGUUCGCCACCUACUCGGCUCUGAUCGGGGAGAGCCAGGCCGGCGGCCAGCACCGCACGCGCCUGCGGCAGAUCCUCGAGUGGUGUGGCGAGGCCUUCGACGGCGUCAUCAUAUUUGACGAGUGCCACAAGGCCAAGAACGCCAGCUCCACCAAGAUGGGCAAGGCUGUGCUGGACCUGCAGAACAAGCUCCCGCUGGCCAGAGUGGUGUACGCCAGCGCCACAGGUGCCUCCGAGCCCCGGAACAUGAUCUACAUGAGCCGCCUGGGCAUCUGGGGCGAGGGCACGCCUUUCCGCACCUUCGAGGACUUCCUGCACGCCAUCGAGAAGAGGGGCGUGGGCGCCAUGGAGAUCGUGGCCAUGGACAUGAAGGUCAGCGGCAUGUACAUCGCGCGCCAGCUCAGCUUCUCCGGUGUUACCUUCCGCAUCGAGGAGAUCCCACUGCCCCCCGCCUUCGAGCGCGUCUACAACCGCGCGGCCCUGCUGUGGGCCGAGGCCCUGGCGGUGUUCCAGCAGGCGGCCGACUGGAUCGGCCUGGAGUCGCGCAAGUCCCUGUGGGGCCAGUUCUGGUCGGCCCACCAGCGCUUCUUCAAGUACCUGUGCAUCGCCGCCAAGGUGCGCCGGCUGGUGGAGCUGGCCCGCGAGGAGCUGGCCCGCGACAAGUGCGUGGUCAUCGGGCUGCAGUCCACAGGCGAGGCGCGCACGCGUGAGGUGCUAGACGAGAAUGACGGGCACUUGGACUGCUUCGUCUCUGCUGCCGAGGGCGUCUUCCUGUCACUCAUUCAGAAGCACUUCCCCUCCGCCAAGCGCCGCCGGGACCGGGGAGCGGGGGCCAAGAGGAAACGGCGGCCACGGGGCCGUGGGGCCAAGGCUCCCCGGCUGGCGCUGGAGGUGGGCGGCGUGAUCCGUAUCAGCGACGACAGCAGCACUGAGUCGGACGCCGGGCUGGACAGCGACUUCAACUCCUCCCCGGAGUCCCUGGUGGACGACGACGUGGUCAUCGUGGACGCCGUCGGGCCCCCUGCCGAUGACCGAGGCCCCCUGUGCCCCCUGCAGAGGGACCCCCAGGGCCCUGGCACCCUGGAGCGGGUGGAGCGGCUGAAGCAGGACCUGCUGGCCAAGGUGCGGGCGCUGGGCCGGGAGCUGCCGGUCAACACCCUGGAUGAACUCAUCGACCAGCUCGGGGGCCCCGAGUGCGUGGCCGAGAUGACCGGCAGGAAGGGCCGGGUUGUGUCCCGACCUGAUGGCACCGUGGCCUUCGAGUCGCGGGCGGAGCAGGGCCUGUCCAUCGACCACGUGAACCUCAGAGAGAAGCAGCGCUUCAUGAGUGGUGAGAAGCUGGUAGCCAUCAUCUCGGAGGCGUCCAGCUCGGGCGUGUCCCUGCAAGCCGACCGGCGCGUCCUGAACCAGCGCCGCCGUGUGCACAUGACCCUGGAGCUGCCCUGGAGCGCCGACCGGGCCAUCCAGCAGUUUGGCCGCACCCACCGCUCCAACCAGGUCUCCGCGCCCGAGUACGUGUUCCUCAUCUCGGAGCUGGCCGGCGAGCGCAGGUUUGCCUCCAUCGUGGCUAAGCGUCUGGAGAGCCUGGGCGCCCUGACCCACGGAGACCGCCGUGCCACUGAGUCGCGCGACCUGAGCAAGUACAACUUUGAGAAUAAGUACGGAGCCCGGGCCCUCAGCUGCGUCCUGACCACCAUCCUGAACCAGACGGACAACAAGGUGCCCCUGCCCCAGGGCUACCCCGGAGGGGCCACUGCCUUCUUCCGGGACAUGAAGCAGGGCCUGCUGUCUGUCGGCAUCGGCGGGCGAGAGUUGCGGUCUGGCUGCCUGGACGUGGAGAGAGACUGUUCCAUCACCAAGUUCCUGAACCGCAUCCUGGGCCUGGAGGUGCACAAGCAGAACGCCCUGUUCCAGUACUUCUCCGACACCUUCGAGCACCUCAUCGAGGUGGACAGGAAGGAGGGGAAGUACGACAUGGGCAUCCUGGACCUGGCUCCCGGGGUUGACGAGAUCUACGAGGAGAGCCAGCAGGUGUUCCUGGCCCCCGGGCACCCGCAGGACGGGCAGGUGGUCUUCUACAAGAUCAGCGUGGACCGCGGCCUGAAGUGGGAGGAGGCCUUGGCCAAGUCGCUGGAGCUGACCGGGCCCUAUGAUGGCUUCUACCUGUCCUACAAGGUUCGCGGCAACCGGCCGAGCUGCCUCCUGGCCGAGCAGAGCCGCGGGAAGCACUUCACCGUGUACAAGCCCAACAUCGGCCGGCAGAGCCAGCUGGAGACCCUGGACGGCCUCUGCCGCAAGUUCCACCGGGUGCCCGCGGAGGAGGCCAGGGAACACUGGGAGAGCGGCUACGCCUUCUCGCUGACGCACUGCAGCCACACGGCGUGGAACCAGCACUGCCGCUUGGUGCAGGAGGGCAAGGACUGCGCGCAGGGCCUGCGGCUGCGCCACCACUACGUGCUGUGCGGGGCGCUGCUGCGCGUGUGGGGCCGCGUGGCCGCCGUCAUGGCCGACGUCAGCAGCAGCAGCUACCUGCAGAUCGUGCGCCUCAGGACCAAGGACCAGAAGAAGCAAGUGGGCAUCAAGAUCCCCGAGGGCUGCGUGCGUCGCGUACUGCAGGAGCUGCGGCUCAUGGACGCCGACGUCCGGCGCAGGAGCGCGCGUGCGCCCCCGCCGCGGCCGGAGCUGCCCUGCGGCCCGGGCGAGGUGCUGGACCUGACCUACAGCCCGCCGCGCCGCGCGCCCCCGCCGCCGCCCCUCGCGCCCGCCGACCCCGCCGCGCUGGCGCACCAGGGCUGCGACAUCAACUUCAAGGAGGUGCUGGAGGACAUGCUGCGCUCACUGCACCCCGGCGCGGGGCCCGUGGGCCCGGCCGAGCGCCAGAGCGUCAUCCGCUUCAGCCCGCCCUUCCCCAGCUCCUAGGCGGCGCCCGCGGGCGCGGGGCCCCGCCGCAGUGCCUUCCCGCCCCGCCCGGGCCCUCUCAGGACGAGCGCGGGGCCUGCGCCGCCCACCCCCGGGCCCCCGAGCUCCGGGGGCGGGGCGCUCCCAAGAGCUGGAAACUCAGGAAGCCCCAGGUGCUCGGCCCCGCGUGUCCGGGGUCCGUGGGGCAGACCCCUAAUAUAUGCAAUCCCCCUGCUCCCUAAGUUAUUGCCUGCCCGCCUUUCCCGGCUGCGGCCGGAGCCGGCGCUGUGGCGGCGUCUGUAUUUAUAAUGAACUCGAAUGUAUAUAUGUAAAAGACCUUUUUUAAAUAUAUGUGCCUUUUGCCUACA